AAGAUGGUGGAGGCCGAAGUCGGUAAGAAGGUGGAGUGGUGCUUGGCAGAUGUGGUGGUGAAAUUAGGUGUUGGCCUUGGAUUAGGAAUUGUAUUUUCUGUUGUUGCUUUCAAACAACGUCAGUGGCCUAUUUCUUUUGGUGCAAGGAUGGGCUUGGGAAUGGCGUAUGCUAACUGUCAACAUGAUUUCCAGUCCCCAUACCUUCUUCAUGGAAAAUUUGUCCAAGAUGAAUCGACAUAGUAUUAUUUUUUCAGACCGUACUUGUUGCUGUGGAUCAUUUCUGCCUUUGUGUUUGCAAUCGAAAUUCUUAAUACUGUGCUUUGUUUAAUUUUACUUGUCAA